AUUAUUUCGCCUUGAGUGAGGAAGUAUGAGAGGACUCUUUCGCCUGUUGGUUAUUUCUUGCCGGAAAAGAGUAACAGACGUACCGGCUUCUACACAGAGUUUACGAGUAGUAUUUUGAAGACUACAGUAUCUGCUUUAUUUUAUUUUGACCAACAGACUUUUUGUUGCAGCAUGGCGAAUUUUACAGCGUUUGUCGGCUGUGUCAGUCUCCUUCUCGCGGCUCUGCUAACGGUAGUCUGUGGAGACAUUACGGAUGGCAACACAGAGCACCUUAAACGAGAACACUCGUUGAUGAAACCCUACCAAGGCGUGGGCAGCAGCCCAUCCAGCCAGUGGGACUUCUCGGGGAGCACAUUAGUGACCAGCUCGUACGUACGACUCACUCCGGACGAGAGAAGCAGACAGGGGUCCAUCUGGAAUACUGUCCCGUGUUACCUGAAAGACUGGGAGAUGCAUGUCCACUUCAAAAUCCAUGGGCUGGGCAAGAAGAAUCUCCACGGUGAUGGCAUCGCUUUAUGGUACACGAAAGACAGACUGCGUACUGGGCCUGUCUUCUCUGAACACGCUAUCUUCCACGGCCUGGCGGUUUUUAUCGAUACGUACUCAAAUGAUGAUUCGGCUGACCGUUCCUUCCCGUACAUUUCGGCCAUGGUGAACAACGGCUCUGUGAGCUACGACCAUGGCAAAGAUGGACGCUCGUCAGAGCUGGGGGGUUGCUCGGCUGAGAUCCGCAACCGAGAGUUUGACACCUAUCUCGCCAUACGCUACUCCAAAGGGAGACUUACCGUGAUGAUGGACGUGGACGACAAGAACGAGUGGAAGGAGUGCAUCGAUAUUGGAGGCGUUCGUCUUCCCACGGGAUAUUUCUUUGGUGCCUCAGCAGCCACUGGAGAUCUUUCUGACAACCAUGACAUCAUCUCAAUGAAGCUGUACCAGCUAAUGGUGGAGCACACGCCCGAGGAGGAGAACUUGGAUUGGACCAAGAUCGAGCCAAGUGUCGGCCUGCUCAAGUCGCCCAAAGACAAUAUCGACGACCCGACGGGCAACUUCCGUGGCACGCCACUGACGGGCUGGAAGGUGUUCCUGCUCCUGCUCUGUGCGCUGCUGGGCAUCGUGGUGUGCGGUGUGGUGGGCGCUGUGGUCUUCCAGAAGCGUCAGGAGCGAAACAAGAGGUUCUACUGAGGAGCUGAGGAACAAACAUCCACUGGGGGGAGGGAGAGCUUGUGGUGAACUGUUGAAGCACAUUUUAAUGUGAAUGUGAAUCUUUUUCUUUUUUUAUUGUCAAAAGAUUGUACUGAUAUUUUGGUUGGAAGCAAUGCUCUUUUCUUUCUUUGGACGAUUUUUGGAAGGGGGCUGUUUUGCUGCCAUUUUUUCAUUACUAUGGAAACAGCACAACUAUCAGCACUGGCAUUUAGAUUUUUUUUUUUUUACGUAUACAUCUGUGUUCUAAAACUCAAAGUGAGUUGUUGGUUUUCCACCUUAAGUGUUCAAGUGAGGUAGACGAUUCUUUUUACCACAGCCGAAAACCGCUCUUAAGUGUGUGAAGAAGUGUGCUGACUCCACUUGAAAAUGUGUUAUAAACAAACAUUGUUUGUUUAAGCAAAAUAACAGUGAUCCACUCACAAUUCAGACAGUUGUCUUCACCUUUGAGACAAAAUGGCUGUCUUUGAGCAAGUGUUCAAUUGGAGUACACAUUUAAGUACACUUAAAUUGUUUACCAUGACAUAAAACCAUCUUUAAACAUGUUUAGAAGUAUCCUCCCAUUGAUCCAAAAUGAGAUUUGAAUAAUCUCAACAUUGUUGAAACCAAACAAAAGUGGCCCACUCAAAAUGAGAUAAUUGCGUUAAACUUUUUGCAAAAAUGCUGUAUUUCUUUCCCUUUAAUUGUUCAAAUGCAGUAAAAGGGGCUUAAUUCUUUGUGACAUAUAAAACCACUGUAAAAUUGUUUGAAAUUCUUCUGAUGGGUGAUUUAGAAUGACAUUUGAAUAAUCCUAGCAUCAUGAGUUAAAAGUAUUUUUUUGCAAAAUGUGCUGUUUAAGCUGCAGUGUCCUCUUUUGCCUCCUGGAGGGGUUUGUUUGGGUGAUUGUAACAGCUUGUAGUUGGUCACUUGGAUGUAAAAUAAUUGAAAUAGUGUGCUGUCUGCACUCUCGAGCAUUCAUUGAUUAAGAUUCAUGUCCUCAAAAAGCGCCGUUGUACAUGUUAAAAGCUGUGCCGGCAGUGAUUGAAAAUUACAUUUGAAAGUUUUUUUUAAGUCUUGACAAAAUCUUUUCUUUCAUGUUUGAGCCAAAAUUGCCGUCUUUGGUGUCUCGAUGGAGGAAAGGGAGUUUGCCCAAAGAGACACCCUCCAAAAAGUGUUCUGAUGCUUUGAAAUAACAUUUUAAUACGCAAAGCAUAGUGAAGAGUCAACAAAGAAGUUAAAAGCAUUAUGUUGUCUUCCACCUUUCGGGCUUUGGUUUCUCCAGCUAUAAACAAUCUGUGUGCACUAGCGUCAGAAUUUCUCAAAGUUGUUUUGUCUCCCAGUCGACCUUUACUAGUGGCCAAUUUUGAUAGAAGAAGAAAUGAGCUUUUCUUUCCAAAACAGGUGUAACCAUGUUUAGCAAAUGUGUAAGUGUCAGAUCUGUCGAAAAAAAUGUGCUGAAACAUGAUUGCGUUAUCAAAAUGAAUUGUGUGGCUUUGUACUGUUUUUUGUUUGUUUAUUUUUUUGGGGGGGAGAGGGGUUAUCGAAUGUGUCUUUAUGGUGACAUUACCGUAAUUUUUUGGCAGCAGCACGUGGUCUUUACGCACUGUUGGGGGAUGAUUUUGCAGCAACAUCGCCUCCUUAUCACUAGAAAACACAGAGGAUGGAAAACUAGAAUAAAAACUCACCGAUACACUUGGUGACAUAUUUAUACAUAAA